AUGUAUAAUUUUUCAAGGAAAUAUUUAAAUAAGAAUCAAUUUAUUAAGAAUGAAGGUGGAAGCUUAACCUUUAUCAAUCCUAAAAUACUUGGACCAAAUUCAAAUUUCAUAACUUCAAGUAUAAUUAAAGCGGCAAAAGAAUCGAACUUCUUUAAAGAACCAGUCAAAAUCCAAUUUGAUUCAAUAGCACCUUUAGUACUAAACCCUACUCUAACACUAAUUGACAUCAUAACAGGAAAGAAUAAAAGUAAUAAUCAACAAGGCAGAUCAAGACCACCUAAACAAGGACAACGUAGUGACCCUAAGGACGAAUGGAAAGAUGAAAAUAAAGACUAUAGACUGGAAGAUAAUGAAGCAUUAGGUAAUAAGGGUAUCAUAGCAAUUAUUAGACAAAUGAGUGACUCUUUUAAAGGAAUUGCUAAAGAAAUUAGAGAUGCUUGA